AUGGCUGAUGAAAGCCUGUUUGAAACCUACCGGCUCCACUUAAAAACGUUCCCUCCCGUGUGCCAGAUCCUGAUCUGGAACCUGGAGAUCGGGGAGCCGGUGAAGAUGAUCGACUGCCACACCGACGUCAUCCUCAGCAUGUCCUUCAACACGGACGGGAGCCUGCUGGCCACCAGCUGCAAGGACAAGAAGCUGCGGGUCAUCGAGCCGCGCUCCGGGAGAGUCCUCCAGGAGGAUCUGUCGAUGCCGAUCGUGGAGGAGGACAUCGACGGCCUGUCGGGGCUGCUGUUUCCCUUCUACGACGCUGACACACACAUGCUGUACCUGGCAGGAAAGGGGGAUGGAAAUAUCCGCUACUUUGAAAUGACCACAGAAAAGCCAUACAUCCAGUACCUGACGGAGUUCCGCUCCCCGGCCCCGCAGAAAGGACUCGGUGAGUCAAGAUCUGAUCCUCUGAAACGCUCGAUUAACGGUCCUCAGAAAAGAAGGGAGGGAAUUAGAACGGCUUCUGUGCCGGUUUACCGGAGACGCUCAGAGUCAGGAAGGAUAAAACCGGCCCUGUCGGCCAGCGAGUGGCUGAGUGGGAUCGAUAGAGAUCCAGUCUUGAUGUCCCUGAAGGACGGUUACAACCGGCCGAACCAGUUGGUGUUCAAAGCCCCAGUAAAGGAAAAGAAAAGCGUAGUGGUCAAUGGGAUCGACCUGCUGGAGAACGUACCCCCCAGGACAGAAAACGAGCUCCUGAGGAUGUUCUUCCGCCAGCAGGACGAGUUGCGGCGCCUGAAAGAGGAGCUGACCACUAAGGACGUGCGGAUACGGCAGCUGGAGCUGGAGCUCAACAACCUGAAGAACGUUAGCCCCAACAACGUCUGA